AUGAUCGAGCGACAGGAACUUCACGACGGCUGGUCGUUCAGAGAGCACGGGGCGUCGCCAGAGGAUGCCUGGCGACCAGUUCUCAGCGUGCCAGGGACUAUACACAGAGACUUGCAGCAUCAUGGCUUGAUCCCGGAUCCAUUUACAUCCUUCGUCUCGCCCAAAGCUGGGGAGAAUGGAGUCACAGACCUGGUUUUCAAGGGACUAGAUACGCUCGCUACGGUCGCGCUGAAUGGGGAAAAGAUCUUGGAAGCCGACAAUAUGUUCCUCGAAUAUCGCAUCUAUGUCAGUGAAAAGCUCAAGCAGGACGGAGAGAAUGAGCUUGUGGUGGACUUUGCACCUGCUAUGAUCCGAGGUCGUGAACUGGUAAAGGAGCACGAGCACGAACAUCGUUUCAUCGCCCACCAGACAGAAAAAGGUCGUCUCCCUGUCCGGAAAGCUCAGUAUCACUGGGGCUGGGACUGGGGACCUAUAAUCAUGACCGCCGGUAUAUGGCGAAGUGUCUACCUCGAGACCUACUCUGUCAGGGUGGACGAUGUCUGGCACCAGUCAGAGGUCGACCCGACCCUCCAGCGAGUCAGCGGUCAGCUCCUUGCGCGGAUCUUCCCUGCGAAGCCGGCCAAGGUGCGCCUGGGGUUGUCAUUCGAUGGAAAGUCAAUCUUCGAACAGGACACAGCUUGUGACGCCGACGGUCUGGUGAAGUGCGACUACUCGGUUGAGAACCCGAAAUUGUGGUGGCCAGGUGGGUAUGGAGACCAGGCUCGAUACGAGCUGAAGGCAACUCUCGUCACAGACCAGUCCGCUUCUGCUUCCGCGUCCAAGCUUAUAGGGUUCCGGCGAGUCGAACUGGUACAGCAGCCUGACAGAUUUGGAAAGUCUUUCUAUUUUAGGAUCAAUGAGGUCGACGUUUUUGCUGGAGGGUCAUGCUGGAUACCCGCUGAUAGCUUCAUCCCUGACAUCACUCUUCAGAGGUAUCGUGACUGGAUGAAGCUGAUGAUCCAGGGCAACCAGAUCAUGAUCAGAGUUUGGGGUGGAGGAGUGUACGAAGAUGACGCUUUCUUCGACGCAUGUGACGAGCUGGGAAUUCUCGCUUGGCAGGACUUCUGUAUGGCAUGUCAGUCAUCGCCGACAUAUCCAUCAUUCUUGAAGCAGCUCGAAGACGAGGCUAGGUACAACAUUCGUCGACUCCGACACCACCCCUCCUUGGUCAUUUGGGCAGGGAAUAAUGAGGACUAUCAGAUCCAGGAGAAAUAUCAGCUCGACUACAACUUCGAAGACAAAGAUCCCGAGUCGUGGUUGAAAUCAACCUUCCCUGCGAGAUUUCUGUAUGAGCACCUCCUGCCAAAGAUCGUAGUGGAGGAAGAUUCUACCGCUAUCUAUCACCCUUCGUCGCCAUGGGGCGAUGGAAAGCCGACAGCCGAUCCAACAGUGGGCGACAUCCACCAGUGGAAUAUUUGGCACGGUACUAUGAACCGCUACCAGCAAGCCGCGAGCAUGUCAGGACGGUUUGUGAGUGAGUUCGGCAUGGAGGGCUAUCCGCAUCUACAGACAAUCCGUUCGUCUGUCACCGAUCCCCUUCAGCAGCAUCCCGGCAGCAUUUUGAUGGACUAUCGCAAUCGCGCAAUCGAUCAUGAACGCAGGCUGAUCACCUAUGUCAGCGAAAAUUUCGCUAUCGACUACGACCUGGCGCGGUUCACACAUCUCACACAACUUGUCCAAGCGGAUGCCAUGACCAAUGCUUAUCGAUCCUGGCGUCGCCAAUGGGGCAAAGCGGGCGAGCGGCAAUGUGGCGGCGUCCUUGUCUGGCAACUCAAUGACUGCUGGCCGACCAUGAGCUGGGCUGUGGUAGACUAUCAUCUGAUUCCAAAACCGAGCUACUACGCCAUCAAGCGCUGUUUGACACGCCUGGUGGUCGGUGUCGAGCGUCCCUAUCACCCGUGGACGCGUGGGCACGAUGAUCCGACAAUUGGUCUAAACGAACGUGGAUACGAGGUCUGGGUGUCGAGCAAUUCUGUUCGGGAGGAGACUGUGGAUCUGGAAGUCCGCUUCAUCUCGAUCACACACGGAAAUGAUAUUGCAAAGAAGAUCAUGAAGCAAGGCGUGAAGAUCUCAGCAAAUGGCACGACCGAGCUUAUGAAGGUCGAAGCAGAGAUUCCAACGCAGCCGUCUACACAUGAGAAGGUCGUCGUCGAAGACGAGUCCACUUGGGUGUGGGACCAAGCGGGCUGGCUGAGAUACCCAACAAAGCACCGGAAGGGCAUUGCGCCAUUCGAUCUGUCCAAGCGAGACCCGUACGUGAUCUACGUCAAGAUCACGGACUCCAACACAGGAGAGGUCCUCAGCACGGACACGGCUUGGCCCGAUCCGAUCAAGUAUCUCAGUUUCAGCGCCAGAGGCCUCCAGCUAGUUGUCAGUGAAAGUCGAAACGAAGUGACGCUUACAGCAAAGUGUCCCGUGAAGGGCUUUGUUUUCCAGGAGGUCAAAGACGGAGGGUGGCUGAGUGACAACGGUUUCGACGUUAUGCCAGGCGAGCCAAAGGUGGUCAAGUUCGAGAAGCCCACCGACAUGAAUAAGCUUGUCUGGACUCACUUGGGGGCUUCAAGUGGCGAGAAGCGAGGUGAAGUGAGGGUGUUCUAG